UCUUGCCGAAUCCGCUGACCACCCUAAUUCUCUUGUGGAAAAUCGCGCUGAAAUGUUGUUCUAUCGAAUUUUGCAAAAAACUCUAACUUCAAAUCCUAAUACUUCGGCUCGACCUUGCUUAAGAAUAUUCAAAGCAACGUGUAAAGUACGAUGGAAGUCUGACAUUACAUCGAUCAACCAGAGAUCUGCGAGCUUGGCUUGGAGUCGAAAGUUGAGAGUUCUCGCAUUUGUUGGUGUCCCGCUUGUUGGAUAUGGGGUCUAUUUUUCACAGCCAUGGGAUCCCAUGAAGAGAAGAAAACUUCGGGUAGUACUUGAGAGCGUUGUUAGAUUUUUCAGGUCUUUCCAUGUUGGGCUGACUAUAUCCCUAGACUACAUGUGGUCACUUCAUGGUAUAGAUCCUGAUGAUGAGGCAUACAAGGUUGCAAUUGCUGAUUGCCACCAGAGAGCAGCUGACCGGAUUGUAAUUGGAGCCAUGAGGAACGGUGGCUUGUACGUCAAAUUAGGCCAGGGGCUGGCCUGCUUUAACCACAUCCUCCCUAGGCAGUACAUUGACACAUUACAAGUACUAAGAGAUAAAGCACUAAGAAGGGAAGCUGGAGAGGUAGACCAGCUUUUUAUGGAAGAUUUUGGGAAAAAGCCAUCUGAGAUGUUUGCCGAAUUUGAUGAAGAACCCUUGGCAGCUGCUAGCCUUGCCCAAGUCCACCGCGCUGUUGGCCACGAUGGUCAAGAGUUAGCUAUCAAGGUCCAGUACAUUGAUUUAAGGGAUCGUUAUGAUGGUGAUCUAUGGACUCUAAAGAAGCUGCUUGAUAUUAUCGGCUGGAUGCAUCCAAAGUUUACUUUUGCAUGGGUUUUAAAUGAUUUAAAAGAAACGUUACGUCAAGAGUUGGACUUUGAGUUGGAGGGCCUUAAUGGAGAGAGGUGCUACAACGAAUUAAAGCAUUUGGGCUAUGUGCAUGUACCCAAGAUCCACUGGGGCAUGACCACGAAGCGUGUUCUGACGGCAGAGUUCAUCAACGGCUGUCGAGUGGAUGAACUUGAGAAGAUAAAGAAGAUAGGACUUGAUGUUGCUGAUGUCGCUCAUAAGAUGAUUCAAGCAUUUGGGGAGCAGAUUUUCCGUGGUGGAUUUCUUCAUGGUGACCCUCAUGCUGCCAAUGUUCUUGUCAGAAAGGGGAAAGACGGCAAGGCCGAGAUCGUUAUUAUUGAUCAUGGAUUAUACGAGACACUUGCUUUAAGGGACCGUGUAAGUCUCAGCAUGUUGUGGCAGUCCAUCGUUCUUAAUGAGCAAGACAAGAUGAAGUACUACAGUGCUCAACUAGGAGUCGAAGACUAUGAGAACUUUACCCAGAUGCUUCUUCAACGGCCGUUUGCCUGGAACAGUGCAGGGAUGCUUUUCACGACCCAGGUCACAGAGGAAGACUUUGAAAUAAUGACCAAACUGGCACAAGGACACUUCGAGAGGGUCAUCACCAUCUUGAAACAGCUACCAAGGUCCAUGUUGCUGGUGUUCAGGAACCUGAACACGGUGAGAGCUGUAAAUGACGAUCUAGGUGCUCCAGUUGACAGAUUUGUUAUCAUGGCAAAAUGUGCUAUCCGUGGCUGUAAUGAAGGCAUCACGAACAUAUCAUUGGUGGGAAAGGUGAAGACUUUCUGGCACACGACGUACCUCGAUUUCAGAAUAAGAUAUCUCAGCUUCAAGGCUUGGCUGGUCGAGCGGUACUUGGGUGUUUUACAGUAUCUAGGGCGUGCUCCUGACAUGUCUGCUUUAACUGAUAAGAUGAAGACUCUGGAAGAUCUAGACAGCUCAAGUGAAGAACAAGCUAAUUCUAGUAUCUUGAGGCAACUGGAAUUCUCCGAACAAUUCAGGGCGCGCGCUGAAUUAGCAAAUUCUUGGUUUUAUCACAUAAUGGGUGGAGCAUACACGCUACCGGAAAUGGACGUGUGACAGCUGGCCGUCUGGGUAGCGCUUACGUCAAACCAGAAGUGCAACACCAUAGUGUGGAUAAUUCUAAGUGCUCAUUUUAAUGACAGUUCGUAGAACCUGUUUAAGCAGCUCAAGGCAUUUAACUUGACAUUUCUGGCGAAACAUAUACAUUUUUUACAGUGCCUACUGUGUAUACAUGCGACUAUAUAUUAUAUGACAUUUCAACCUGUAAGAAGUCCCACAAAAAGACUGCGACUUGACGAAAAUAAAAUAUUUUCGAUAUAAAA